CAAAUUUACAACCCGGAAUAGUUGCGUGGUUGUAACAUUAGCUCGGAGUUGCAUUUUUAUUUUAACAAACUUUCUAAUUGGAACGUUUCCAAAUGCCUGGAAUUUAACGCAGAAUGGAGAUAAUUUAGCAGAAGUUUUUGCUGUGAAACUUGUGAAAUAACUACAAAGGUCUUACAAGAAAUGUUCCUGGAGUCGUUCAAGUAAAAAUAAGCUAGGAGUGGCAGGUUACUCUAGGUACCAAAGCUAAUACGUGUCCUGUUGAUAAAAUACCUCGUGGAUUCAUAUUUUUCUGGAAGAUUAAUCAAUCUGAAACUAUGUUAUAAAUGUGUUAAUUCUGUUAUGUAAUGUUAUAAUAUAUUUAGAUUAUUAUCUAUUUAAUAAAUAAAAUUUACUUCCGUGUCUAUGUGUUAUCUAACACGUGAUAAAAUCAAUAAGAUACUAUUUUGCUUUGUUAUAAAACAUUGUGUUUGUUUAAUAAAUGGACGUUUAUGCGACAGAAUCUAACACGUCGUGGAAUUAUUGUUAAUAGUACAGGAUGUUUAUUCAGUAAAUAUUCUUGAUGUGUGCGGAUGUACUGUGAUAACUGUAUAUAGGCACAUUGGCUGAAUAACCAUGCGAGAGACUGAUUACCUAUGAAUAUCUACUGAAAUUGUGUCUGUAGCCCAACGAAGAGGAAAUACAAACAAAUAUUCAUAAAUUAUUUCAAAUUUUAUAAAAUGGCAAUAAUGAACAGCACCAAUAGGACAGACAUUAUUUAUGACACAUCUAUUUUGGUCUUAUCGGUUUCUAGCUCUUGUCUGUCCCUACUGGGUUCCUUAGCCAUCUUUGGAUCGUAUGUAAUUAUCUCGGACAUACGAAACUCAACAAGGAAGCUUGUCACGUGUCUGACAGUAGCAGAUUUCUUAUCAGCUCUCGGGUACCUUACGUCUGGUCUGGCGCACUUUGCAAACACACAAGACAAGGUAUGCACCACACAGAGCUUUAUAACUACAUAUUCCAGUAUUGUUUCGUUUAAUCUAACGGUUGCCAUAGCAAUCCAUAUAUUCAUCACUGUUGUGUACAGAACUGACAAAACUUCAACACGGACGUUCCUGCUUUGGGCUAACAUUAUCAGCUGGUUUAUUCCAGCAAUAAUUAUAGCAGUAGCUGGUGCGAAUAGUGUUCUUGGUAGAGACACUGCAGAAAGUGUGGGUACUGGUCCAUGGUGUUGGAUUAAGCGCCACCACAAAUAUUACAUCUUCUGGGUGUUUUUGGCGGGAAAAGGAUGGGAGUUCUUAUGCUAUUUUAUAACCACUUCUCUAUACGUGCUACUGAAGUUUAAUAUGUUUCUACGACACAGACAUAAAACGUUUACAGACAUGCAUAGAAGCCUGAGAGAAGAGGAUAAAAAUUACCUGUAUGUUUGGUUUGUUCUUUACAUUCUACGACUUUGGGGUUCCGUACGGUCAAUGAUGGACAUCGCUGAAGCAGAUACAGGAAACGCAGGGGAAGAAAUAUCUAAAAUAUUCAUGUACAUGCAGGCUGUUGGCGAUCCUGGUCAGGCAUUUUGUAAUUGUAUACUCUUUUGUUUUCUUGACGGAACUGUUAGGUCUCAUAUACUGGAUGCCUGCCGUGGGACGCCUCAACAUCCGGUCAUAUAUGAUGAGCGGGAGAGACUAAUUGCAGCACACGAUAUAAACGAUGGAUCACGAGCUUCGUGUAUUGGAAACAAUAGCGACUUUACACAAUCUACAAGACUGUCAGGGAAGUAUUCAAGCUUUGAUGCAACCUGGCAUGCAAGUUAUUCUCUUAAUUAGACGUGCUGAAGUAAAGUUUCAAAACAGUUAUUAGUUCAAUAGACAGUCACUGUUGUCGGUUUAUUUAUCUUAUGUUUGAGCUUAAUGCCAUUUUUCAACAAUAUUUUUCAGUUUUGUAAUGACGGGCGGUUUAUAUAACCAGUGUUCCUGGAUUCUGUGACAAUACAAAUCUGUUCUCCGCAAUUAAAGAUAGGAAAAUGAUUAUAAUCACGAAAUAGUAAAAAAUAUUUGCAAUUUUAUUUACAUAUGUUUAUAAUGUCCAUGCAUAAAACUUACUGUACUCAAUUUGGCAGAUACAAAUAAUUCGUACACGUUAUAUUUAAUUAUAUACAAUAACUGGCUUCCUGAGUCAAAGAUUAUGAAGAAUGUAAUAUUAACCGAGGCGAUCAAUAAAUAGUUCAGAUACAGAUAAUGAUGUUCUAAUUUUUAUGAAUGAUGACAGACUUUGGACCAAAUCAAACUAUCGCUUUUUACGAACUAUAUCUGAUAAACAACAAGAUAUCAUUAAAUGUUUUAAUGUUAGAUAUGCUUGUAAUUUAAAUGAUUUGAAAAUUUGUAGUUUAUCGAUCAUUAAGGUUGUUGAGUAAAAUAAAAUACUAAGAAGCUAAACGAAGGUGUGUAUUCCAGUAAUAGUAUUAAUUAUUGAAUUGCUUGCCGGCUAUUGGUAAAAACUAUCGAUCGGGGUCUGAAGAUUAUUAAUUCUCACAGCUUUAUAUUCAAAUAAUUUUUGACAUAAAAGCCCAGUAAACAUGUUGAAUACAGACCGGUUAUAUAGCCCAAACUACGGACCGGCUAUUUAUAUAAGGAAUCGUGCAAUGAUUUUUACAGCAUAAGUAAAUAAUAUCAAUUUCUCUUGCAUAUUUAUAUACAUGUAGUAUAAUUGUAUAUUUGCUUGUUGUUGCGUUUUUACAUUUCUUUUCUUGUAUGGGAAUUGUAUUUAUGUUUCUCGUCUUAUAGUGGAAUAAAAGAUAAUCCAGUU